AGUGAGGGAGAAAAAAAAAUUGCAAAAAGUGAGAGUUAAAAAGUCAGAGGAUCCCUGGUUUGCAAGGUCAUGUGGUGAACAAAGAGCUCAAGUGGGAGGUUGUGAUUUGAGAAGGCCUUUUGCAUCAUCUUUGUUGGACCCACCAAUGAGAGAGUCCACUCAAACUCACAACACUCGCUCACGUCUCUCUCUUCUUGUCACCCCUUGAGGUACACUUCUUCUUUGGAUUAUUGUUUAUUUUGGAUGUCGCACAUGACUGUGAAGGACUGACAGAGGGAUCUACAAAAAGAAUCGUCUUGGCUCCAUCUUUAUUGACACUUUUUAAAAGGUGCACUUACCCUUCACCUUACCUGUGUGGGAUUUUCACAUGGAAUAAUGCCUUCAUGCUGGAGUAGAAGAUCCUGGCUUCCAGCUUUGUUUGCUGCCACCCUGGUACUUGUUCCUCUUGUUCAUGCUGGAUCCAGCCAGGACCGAAGGCUGGCAGGGUCGUCCUCGUGCUAUGGAGGCUUUGACCUCUACUUUGUCUUGGACAAAUCUGGGAGUGUAAUGGACCACUGGACUGAAAUCUACCAUUUUGUUGAGCACUUAGCUCAUAAAUUUAUAAGUCCACAAUUAAGGAUGUCAUUUAUCGUGUUCUCCACUGAAGGGAAGAUUUUGAUGAGCCUAACAGAGGACAGAGAACGCAUCCGAAAAGGUCUGGAGGAGCUGCAGGGGGUUCAUCCAGGAGGAGACACCUUCAUGCACGAGGGCAUCCAGAGGGCCAGUGAGCAGAUAUACUAUGGAAACACAGAAGGUUAUCGCACUGCCAGUGUUAUUAUAGCUCUGACAGAUGGAGAGCUGCAUGAGGAUCUCUUCUACUAUGCCGAGAGAGAGGCCAACCGCUCCCGGAGCCUGGGGGCCACCGUUUACUGCGUGGGGGUGAAGGACUUCAAUGAGACUCAGCUGGCGAAGAUUGCUGACAGCAAGGACCACGUAUUCCCUGUCAAUGAUGGUUUUGAGGCUUUGCAAGGGGUCAUUGAUUCUAUCCUGAAAAAGUCUUGCAUUGAGAUUCUGGCAGCUGAGCCCUCCAGUAUCUGCGCAGGAGAGUCUUUCCAGGUUGUAGUGAGAGGAAAUGGAUUCCUCCACGCUCGCAAUGUUGAUAAGGUCCUGUGCAGCUUCCGCAUUAACGACACACUUACUAAAAUGGUGAAACCUUUGAUAGUGGAGGAUACAUAUCUUCUCUGCCAGGCACCUGUGCUUCAGGAUGAGGGAAUGGCAGCAAAUCUUUAUGUCAGUAUGAACGAAGGUCUCAGUUUCAUCUCCAGUUCGGUCACCAUUACAACUGUGAGCUGUUCUGAUGGGACCAUUUUGGCCAUCACUCUGCUCAUCCUCAUGCUGCUCCUCAUCUUGGCUCUCCUGUGGUGGUUCUGGCCCCUCUGCUGCACUGUGAUCAUCCACGAGCCGCCGCCACCUACUGCGGAGGAGAGCUCGGACGAUGAGGACGAUGAUAUGCCAAAGAAGAAAUGGCCCACAGUAGACGCUUCCUACUAUGGAGGGCGGGGAGUUGGGGGAAUCAAGAGGAUGGAGGUUCGCUGGGGUGAGAAAGGCUCCACUGAAGAAGGAGCAAAGCUGGAGAAGGCCAAAAAUGCCAAAGUGAAGAUGCCUGAGCAGGAGUUUGUGCAGUCCCCCACGCGUGUUCUCAACAAUGGCAUGCAAAAACCUUUAGGGCCCCACAAGUGGUACUCUCCUAUCCAGAACAAGCUGGAUGCAUUGUGGGCCUUUUUAAGAAAAGGCUACAACCGGGUGUCUGUUAUGAGACCUCACCCAGGUGACAAGGGCAGAUGCAUGAACUUUAUUCGUAUGAAGUCGGCGGCCCCUCACUACCCCAACUACAACCCCUCGCCCAUCUACACCCCUCCCAGCAGGAGUCCACCUGCACCACAGGGCACCCUCCCGCCGACCCCCGGCGUCGCACCAUCGUCCCCCCUGUUCUUGGCUACCCUGCCCCUCCUGCCUUCGACGCCCUCCGACUCGUCCCCCUCCCCUCCGUCCACCCCGCCCUAUUACACCCCGCCUCCCAAACGGGCUCUCCAUCCCACCGCCUUGCACAUACCCGCCGCGCCCGAGCUGCCGCCCACCCUCCCGCCGCCCCUGUCGCCCUCCGACGCGCUGCCCCCCCUACCUCAAGGCCCCGCCCCGGGACGAGCCCCGCCACCAGCCCGCCCCCCGCCACGCCCCGGCCUGUAGCUGAGAAAUUGCGAGUCCCAGCAAGAUUUUUAAGCGCAUGACCACGUUUGAUUGUGUCCGUAGGAGAGCAAAGCCCAGCAGGCUGCGGCCUUCCUGCCUUGUGCAGAGGACAACGAGGAGCUGCUUUCCGCUAUUUGUCUACACUGACUUUUGUACACAUUUAGCCCAACGAAUGCUUGAAUCACUGACAUUGGAUCGAAUGAGAGCAUUAAGUGUCCACUUUCGAAGAGAGAGAAGAUAGACUCAAGCAUGGGAGCCUGUACAGACAAACUGCAUCAAGUUACACACGCAGAAUUCAGAAUUUGACAAGCCUUUCAUUUUUGAUAAUCAUUGAAACAUGAGCAACUUCAUACAUCCGUUUUUUAGACCUCUUGUCCUUAUUAGGGUCUCAGGGCAGUUGCUGCUUAUCCCUGCAGACAUUAGGCGAGGGGUGAGGUACACCCGGGACUGGUCGCAGUACAAACAACCAUUUAUAAUCAAAUUCACACCUCUAGAUAAUUUGGAGUCAGCCAAGUUAUUGCAAGUCAUUAGAUUUGCACAUUUCUUUUUUCCUUGACACACCACAUCGAUAAGAGGUUCUCAAACUUUUUGGAUCCAGGAGUGAACGCCAAUUAACUAUAACUACCAUGUGCACCCCUACAUGCCAUGCGAAUUACUCUAUUUAUUUUUGGAACAUUUCAAACUUAAUAUUCUUUACCCAUUUAAUAGAAAGGAACUAAACCAAACGAAAGUGAAUUAAAUGCAAUUUUUACUGCUUCUACUAACAACAGGGCUACGAAGAGAGUCAGUCAGUAUUGUCAACUUAAGCCAUUUAGUCGCUUUAUUUAGUGACUUUUCUGUACACUCAAGCAACUAUUUUUCUAGAUCAAGACUAGCUACUUUCAUUCCCGCUAAGAAACAGACAACAUGAGUGGAAUAGAUUUCAGAUUGUUUUCCAUAUAACAAGAAAGGAGCCAGGUGGAAAGCAAUCACAAGAUGAGAUAUAGUGCCCAUUUCUUCAUUGCAAAAACAGGGAUUUAUUUACAAGUUGGGAACUUUUGACUCGAGAUAUUGCAGAGGCCUCACCUGUACAACGUGAGAAAAGAGCAUGAGAGAGGUAGAAAUGCUACGCACGUACAGGGAUGUCAUUUUAUGUGACAUAUUUAUUGACGUGCAGGUCGUCAUAUAUACUGUAGGUAUGCACUUUUUGGAAAUUAUACAACAAUUUAUUGAAAACCAUUUUGCAGACCCCAGUUUGAGAACCACUUACAUAUACGAUUCCUACUUGCCUUUCAUUUGCUAAAGUGUAGACUACACUGAGUUUUUCAGCAUCCUCAUCAUCUUCCUCACUGUGCUGAAGCAGCAUGAUGCGAGUCACAGCUGGCCCACUUUCGUGCACGUCACAGUAAGCAGCCGGGACUUGGACACGACAUCUGACACAUUUAUGACCGCUGAAGUUCAACUCUGCAAUUGCAGAUGCUCCCUCCUUCAAGAGGUGGAGAAAGACAGGCCGCAGUCAGAGGCAAGCGUUGAACACCGCAUCCUUUAUAUGCCGUAUUUCCUCAAACUGUGGCCUGUGCUUGAAUAGAAGUCACAAUUUUGAGUCUUCAAUUAACCUAAGAUGCAUGUUUUUGGAAUGUGGGAGGAAGUCAGAAUACUGAGAGAAAACCCACCAGAGCAGGGGAAGAACAUGCCAAGUCCACACAGAAAAGCCGGAGCCAAGAUUUGAGACCAGAACUUUAGACUGCGAGGCAGAUAUGUUAACAUGGCUUGGAAAGUCCUUCAAAACAUAACUUCCAACUGCACUGCACUAUUGUGAGCAUUACGAAAAAAAGGAACAGCAAUAGAAAUGGAUAAUCCCACAUUCAUUGUGACACAGCCAAUCAGUGUGUCUCGCUCCACUUACAGUAUGUGUGCAUUUGUAUAAAUAAAGGCUCUCUCUUUUAUUUAAGUUUUUUUACAUUCAGUAAAAAAAUGUCCCGCCACCAUUUGUGGAGAUAUGGUACUUAAUUCAUUACUGUGUGUUUCGAUGUGUUUGUAUUUAAACCAGUUAUGAGUUAAUUAUAGCCAUCAUUUAUUGUUUCUUUUUGUAAAAGGUGCUCACAAUGAAGCUUGCAAAGCAUGCAUGUACAACGCUCAGUGUAAAGAUUUUUUUUAAUUUUUUAUUUUAUUAUGAUGUUGAGAUUAAUUUUGCCAGAAUGUUCCAGCAGGUUGCCAAUUUGAAUGUCAUAUAAAAAUGAAAAAUUCUAUGAUACAGUGUGUUUCCUUCAAAAAACAAAGUAAACCUUUUAAUACAUAAAAUUAAACUUUGCAUUUCUGGA